AUGGAGGCUCUACUAGCUCAUUCCUUUGAUUACCUCUCCUCUUACGAGCCUAGUAAGGUCCGGAAAGGUUUGCGCCAGGUCGAAGGCCUACUCGCCCAGAUAUGUCUCUCCAAAUCAAAACCCGUCAAUGACCGACGGAAACCCCGAAUGUCCCCGGAUAUCCCUCAGCCUGUCCCAAAAGCACUAUCAGAAUUGCGAGAUGAUCCCGCCUUCCGAGAGUUCUCUAAGCUCCAGGAGAGCUUCCAAUGGAACAUCGCAAUGCGCCUAGUAUCAUGUCUCGAACACCUGCUCGGCCGAGGCAGCAACGGCACAAACGACAUGCUGAUAGUCUGCACCCUCGACCUGAUACAAGGUGCUCUCCUCUUACAUCCCGGCUCACGAAGCCUUUUCGCCCGCGAAAUCUACAUGAACCUUCUCCUCGACCUCCUCGACCCAAUAAACUGUCCUGCCGUGCAGUCCGCUACCCUCCUCACACUCGUCACCGCUCUUUUGGACUGUCCGGCCAACACCCGUACAUUCGAAGAUCUAGACGGCCUGCUCACAGUCACAUCGCUGUUCAAACAACGCGCCACAUCCCGCGAAGUCAAGCUCAAGCUCGUCGAAUUCUUAUAUUUCUACCUCAUGCCUGAAACAGCCACUCAAGCACCUGCCUCCCCGCCGGGUCUGCAGCGCAGCCCUAGCAAAUUGUCCAACGCGCCUUUCUCGCGCAGUGCUCAUGCUGCGGCUAAUGCGGCUAGCAAGAUGAGUCGCGAUACCCGUACAACCGACGAGAAGCAGGCUCUUCUGGGGAGAUAUUUGAAUAACGUCGAGGAUCUGGUCGAGGACCUCAAGGAGACAGCUCCGUUCGGAGCAACGGUUUACUAA